CUGAUGCGCAUCUAUACAGCAUAAUGUAGUACAUCUCUGAGUGUCAACAGAGUAUCAGAAGUGCUAACAGAGCCAGUCCAAACAUCAGCCUGAUAACACCCGGAAGACACACACCGACAGACGGCAGAAAUCGUGUAAUCAUGGCGCAUAUGUUUACACUUUCUGACAAUGAGUCAGAUACUGAAGACCAGGAGGACUCAGGCCGGACAAAAGCUAAGAUAGGAUCACAUCAAAGAAUGCAGCACCUCAACGUGACUGAUCAGUUGAAAAGUGAACAACUGGUGAGGCAAAGAAAUCACUCAAUGAAUGAAGAGGCCCUUAAGGAGUCCGGCAUAGGAGAGGAAGGAUUAGUUAAUGAUUCUUUCCGGCGUCGAUCCAGUUCUGCUCCCCCUGCACUGUGGGCAGCUAAGAAAUACGGCCGACAGUUGAGGAGAAUGAGUGAUGAAUUUGACAUCCUACUUGAUCAAGGGAUGAAGAGGGUAAAGAGUGCAGGAACAUCAUCUCAUAUGCGCCAGUCACCCAGCUGGUUGGCUUUCCUUUGGAGUCACAAAGAAUCUGAUGCCGAGUCGCGUCCUGCAGAGUGAUUGAAUGUGAACGUAUAAUGGAAAAUGGACUACUGUACAUAUUGAUGCUGGUACAAGAAUAGGAUGUGCCUGCAUUCAAAAAGCAAUUCCAUGAACUGGCUGUAAACCUUUUUUAUGAACUGCACUGGGACUCUUGGCUAAAUGAAUAGCAUGAUUUCACUGGCAUGUGGCACAGAGGAUACACAAAAUGGAGAUAACCAUUUGACCUAAACUCUGGGAAUAUUUAUGCAGUAAAUUAAUGAAACAGAUCGCUUGAUAUCACCAUGUCCAAAGCACAAUCUUUCUGUCACGUUUGGUGAUAUUGCAACAAAAUAUAAUGAAAACUGGAUACUUGUAAGGGCUAAAACCUUUUAAUUUUGAAGGUAAAGACUAAUGCAAAGUUAUGAAGAAAUAGUUUUUAACAAAGUUUAAUAAGGUCCAAGAUGUUUAUUUGUAUAUGAAAAAUUGUUAAGUGAAUUUGUAAUAAUAUUUUUAGAAAAUCGUCUUUUCAACAACGUUGAAAUUUCACUUGUUAGUAUCUAGAACGGCACACACAGGGUUGAUACUGUAAAGGGACUUUGACCACUCUGAGGGCCCUUUUCCUUUAUUUCCUUAGAGUAAUAAACACUUUUGAAAUGGUCUACACGGACAUAAUAACUUUUUUUAAUACUAAAAGCACAUGAGCUAAACAACGACGAGUUUGAAUACCCAAAACUUAAUAUUUUUUUGGUCUAAAUACCCCAAAGGAAAAGAACAGGGAGUCCAUCACCACUGGUAUUACUUGAUUUGACAGAUUUCAGAUGUUCUUUAUGUUUGUUUGUCAUUUUAAUGUUUUUAUCUUGUAACAGUAUAGCUUAAUAAAAAAAGAAAUUAACACAAAACUUUAUAAA